UGGUGAUGACAGGUGAUGCCUUUUUUGGCUUAAAACUUUCAAAGUAUCUUAUGUUUUUUUGACGUUAAUAUUUUCAUUAGGUAGUAAUAAUUUACAAUUUAUAAUCAUGUCUGAAGAAGCAACGUUAAAGGUUUUAACACUGAACUGCUGGGGCAUUCCUUACAUAUCAAAAAAUAGAAUUGCUCGAAUGAAUGCGAUUGUGGAUAAGCUCAUCACAGGAGAUUUUGAUCUCGUUUGUCUGCAAGAAAUUUGGUCAGUCGAGGACUUUAGAAUGAUGAAAUCAAAAACUCAAGAGAAACUUCCUCAUACACAUUAUUUUUACAGUGGUGUUUUGGGAUCUGGAAUUUGUAUCCUCUCUCGAUAUCCAAUUCUAGAUGUAAUGUUUCACAAAUGGGCUCUCAAUGGCUACGUACAUAAAAUCCACCAUGGUGAUUGGUUCGGUGGAAAAGGAGUCGGUCUUUGUAGACUCAAAGUACAAAAUAUCAACAUUAAUGUUUACGUUGCUCAUUUGCAUGCGGAGUAUGAUAAGGAAAACGAUGAAUAUACCGCCCACCGAGUUUUGCAAGCAUUUGACACUGCUCAGUUUAUUAGAAUGACGAAAGGAGGCGCGGAUGCUGUAAUUCUUGGCGGCGAUCUUAACACGGAGCCUCAAGAUUUAGCUUAUCGAAUAAUUUGUGGCGUUGCUGGUUUGCAAGAUACCUGCUCAAUUUCUGCGGACACCCAAGGGACCAGCGAAUGUGCCAAGAACAGUUAUACCCCUUCCAGUAUAGCUAGCAAACUUCCGAAUGGAAAACGAAUCGACUACAUUCUCUAUAAAGGUUCAAAGAAUUUUAAAGUAGAAGUUUUCAAUUUUCGACAGCCCUUUCCAGAACGCGUGCCGCAAAAGAACUUUAGUUACUCUGAUCACGAGGCCAUUAUGGCCCAUUUCAAGAUAAUGAGAGGGGAGGAUUCAUCUUCCAAACCGGAUGUGAAAGAGUCACUGAAAGAAGGGAUUAGUAUUUGCCUUUUAGCCCUGAAGAGCGUUCAACGACAGAGGACAUGGUACCUACUGUUUAGUUUAAUAUUAGCAAUUCCUCUGAUGUAUUCGAUGGGACUUGAGGGGACCUCAACAUCCAUCGGAAUCAGCAUCGGGCUCAACUUAGCCCGACUUUUCACGACCGCAAUUUUAUGCUACGCCCUUUUUAUGAGCUCGAUAUGGAAUAGCGUUGAGAAAAACGGACUGAAGGCCGGAUAUUCCGCAAUGGAAAUCCACCUUACACAGCUGAUUAACAGUUUAAAUAAUUAAUUGAAAAUUCAAUUUUUCAAGAAGCUUUUUAAUAGCUAAAGCUGAGCUUAAGCUAUUAAGUUUAUUAAUGCCAAAAACGAUAGGAGUUCCGACAAUACCGAAAAUGGCACCGUCUUUGUUAUUUAAUGUCCUAGCAUUCUGUCUAGAGUUUUAAUCUUGAAAAAUUUCAAUUUCAGGGUGUCUACCUCGUUGGGAAAUCGGGACAAUCGGGAAAUCAUUGGGAAUUUUAUUCAGUGAUUGAGAAUUAUCUCUCAAAUUUACUAAUAUGCAAAUUAAAAUUCGUUUCAUAUAUUUUAUUACUCGAAUUCUGAGCUGAGACAGGAUAUUUUAGUAAAGAAUUAUAAUUUGGAAUUUGUGAUGGGUAAUUUUUUUUUAAGAAAGAGUUAUAAUUUUGAGUUUGAACUUUGGGACAGGGAAUUUUCUAAAAAAAAUUAGAAUUCUGAGAUUAUAAUUUUUCUUUCAAAUUUAGGGAAAAUGGAGAAUCUAUAUUGCUGAAUUAUAACAGAACGUUUUAUGUUUGGAUGAAAAAUUAACUUUUUUUGUUGUUAAAAAUUAAUUUCUUUGGUUGAAGGUUUAA